GCCUGCAAGUACCUGUGCGGGAGACUCUGCAGCCGCCAGACUCUUGACAACAAAGCAGAGCGCGCGGAAGGCGCGCACGCGCGCUGCAGUAGCAGCAACGGCUGUUGAAGCCAACGGCGGGUCUCUGGCGCCUUUCCACCGCGGCUCUCCGGGUCCUGGCUAGCCUGGCAUCUUUCCUGCUUGGGUUUCCGCCCGCUUGGGUUUCCGAUGCCGGCCGUUAACAUGGCUGAGGCUGGGCGGUGACUGGGUACCCGGCAAUCUUGACCGGAACAGAGACUUCUCCGCCGCCACCACCGGCUUCGCGACGUCCGUGAGAGAAAAGAGAGGCGGGGGGAGUCGCGGUGUCGGUCCACCAUGAGCACCUUCGCCUUGGAAGAGACCUUGGAGGCGGACUGGGUGGCCGUGAGGCCUCACGCUUUCCACGAGCGGGAGAAGCAGAAGUUUGUCUUUAUCGUGGCCUGGAAUGAGAUCGAGAGCAAGUUCGCCAUCACCUGCCACAACCGGACGGCGCAGAGGCAGCGCAGCGGCUCCCGGGAGUUCCGCCGCACUGGCGCAGUGGGCCCCGGGGCGCCCGAGCCGCUAAGCGCCUCCUGUAAAACGGCCGGCAGCCCCACUGUACGAAAACCCCCGGCCCGACGCGGCGCGGAACCCGUCCAAGCCAGGAGCUCGCCGGCAUCGCCUGCCCGGGCCGAGUCGCUUCCGCGCAGCCCGGGCAGCCGAGCGGUUGAGGCGUCGCAGAGGAGCCCAGCGAGUACGAAGAGCAGCCUGUCCCGGAGGCCUCAGCCAGCUCCGAAGGCGCCGCUCAGCCCAGCGCUGGCCUGCGCGGCCGAAGAUUUGGAAGAGCUGGACCUGGGCAAGGACGAGCCUUCGGGAGGCGCCGCCGCCGCCGCCUUUCUCCCUUCUCCUCCCGCCGGGCCUCAAGCGGCCGAGUCGCCCACCGCGGCCUCCGCCGAGGUGGAAGCGCUAUCGGGAGAGGAAUGCAGCUGGGCCGGCCUCUUCUCUUUCCAGGAUCUGCGGGCCGUCCAUCAACAGCUGAGCUCGGUGAACUCCGAGCUGGAGCCCUGUUUGCCCGUCCUUCCCGAGGAACCGUCGGGGAUGUGGACGGUGCUCUUCGGGACUCCAGAGCUCUCCGAGGGAGAGAUGGAUGCGCUGUGCUAUCAGCUGCAGGUAUACCUGGGCCACUGCCUCGAUACUUGUGGCUGGAAGAUCCUCUCUCAGGUACUCUUUACCGAAACCGACGACCCGGAGGAAUAUUACGAGAGUCUGAGCGAGCUACGCCAGAAGGGCUACGAGGAGGUUUUGCAAAGGGCCCGUAAGCGCAUUCAGGAGCUUCUGGAAAAACACAAGAAUAUAGAAAGCAUGGUGGAGUUGCUGGAAUUAUAUCAAAUGGAAGAUGAUGCAUAUGGUAGUCUUGCUGAAGCCACCACAGAACUCUAUCAAUAUUUACUGCAACCAUUCCGAGAUAUGAGGGAACUUGCAAUGCUCAGAAGACAGCAAAUAAAGAUUUCCAUAGAGAAUGAUUACCUAGGACCUAGAAGAAUUGAAAGCCUUCAAAAAGAAGAUGCAGACUGGCAACGGAAGGCUCAUAUGGCUGUAUUAUCUAUACAGGACCUUACAGUAAAAUACUUUGAAAUAACAGCAAAAGCACAAAAAGCUGUAUACGAUCGUAUGCGAGCAGACCAGAAAAAGUUUGGUAAGGCAGCUUGGGCAGCAGCAGUGGAACGAAUGGAAAAACUUCAGUAUGCAGUGUCUAAAGAUACUUUGCAAUUGAUGAGAGCAAAAGAAAUCUGUUUAGAACAGAAGAAACAUGCAUUAAAAGAAGAGAUGCAGAGCUUACAAGGGGGCACAGAAGCUAUAGCUCAUUUGGACAAACUUGAAGCUGAUUAUUAUGACCUGCAACUUCAAUUGUAUGAAGUGCAGUUUGAAAUUCUGAAGUGUGAAGAACUAUUUCUGACAGCACAACUUGAAAGCAUUAAAAGACUUAUUUCAGAAAAAAGAGAUGAAGUUGUAUAUUAUGAUACUUAUGAAAGUAUGGAAGCCAUGCUGGAAAAAGAAGAUAUGGCAGCAUCCAUACAUUUGCAAAGAGAAGAGUUGCAGAAAUUACAACAGAAAGUCCGUCAACUAGAAGCAAGGCGUGGUCGCAUUUCUGCCAAAAAAGCCUACCUCAAAAAUAAAAAGGAAAUCUGCAUUGCAAAACAUAAUGAAAAAUUCUCACAGCAUUCUCAGAGUGAAGAAGAAUUAGAACAUGCUGCAAAAUUUAAAGGAGAGCAGUUGCAAGAGGAGAUAGAAAGAAAAAGCUCAUGGGUUAGUCAAGAACGACAGAAAACAUUGGACAGACUUCGAACAUUUAAACAGCGCUAUCCUGGGCAGGUAAUUCUCAAAUCAACUAGACUUCGCCUGACUCAUACAAGAAGAAAAAGUACAGCCACUUCAACAUCUUGUCUAGAUCAUCCCCCAUCUUCACCAGUAACUACACAGACAGAUAAUAUGGAGCAAGAAAAAGUAAUCCAGCCUUUACAAAAACGGGACUCUACAAAUUUAGGACAAUUUGAAGAUAUUUUUCUAUCUCCCAGUAGUGUUAUGUCUGAAUUUUCUCAAACUGAUUCUCUUCCAGCUCUCAUUAGUAGUGAAUUUAUUUCCAAUACAAUCAGUGAGGCACCAUUUCCUCCUCCUCUACCACCGCCACCACCACCACCUCUGCCCACCAAGGAAGAACCUACUCAGUGUUCUGAAAAAAGCACCAGUCCUGUUAAACAAAGCAAUGCAGAGAAACCAGCUCCGUUGAUCACUAUUGCACCAUCAGCUCAUUUUUUUGAUAGCAGUGAAUUAGUCAGUGCCAAGAAAAAAUUGAAGAAAACUGGUGAUAUAGAGGGAUUGCAAAGAAGAAGAGUGAGUUCACCAAUGGAUGAGGUUUUGGCUUCCCUGAAACGUGGCAGCUUCCACCUGAGGAAGGUUGAACAGAGAAAUCUACCCCCAUUUCCUGAUGAAGAUGACAGCAAUAACAUCUUGGCACAAAUCAGAAAAGGCGUAAAACUGAAGAAGGUUCAAAAGGACAUUAUGAGAGAAUCAUUCACAAUUUUACCUGAUGAUGAUCCUUUAACGCGCAGUAUCCAUGAAGCACUACGACGGAUUAAGGAGGCAUCACCAGAGUCUGAAGAUGAGGAAGAGAAUCUACCAUGCACAGACUGGGAAAAUUAAGGGUCUGAGGAUUCCAAUGAAUAAUAUAUUUCUUUCACUUCUGAACAUUCAUAAUCAACAGUUUGGUCAUCACUUUAGGAGAAUUUUACUCUGAGAAAAUAUUUGAUAUGUGCAUGAAUACAUUUUUUUAAAUUCAUAGUAGAAGAUUUCAGUUGGACCAAAAGCUGCAUUAUUUAAGUGCACAUUUUGCAUAAUUCUGAGGAGAAAGAACCUUUCAAAAUAUUUUCUGAUUCUUCACUUACUUUUUACAUACAGUAUGUGUGAAACAUGUCAGCAGCUUUUGCAGCCAAGCUUCUUCCCAGCAUAAUUUACUAGAAGAACAAGUAUGAAGUCUGACUCCAUUGAAGACAUCAGUGUUGAAGAAAAUACUGCUAUACUGACAUUAAUUUCUUGUUACACCAACAGGAAUUCAUUUCACAUAGGAGGUAGAUUUGAAAGAAAACUGCAUUUUAACUACUAAUAAUUCAAACUACAAAUUGGUUUGAAAGUGAAAAAAUGAUUACAUGUUUAAUGGAAAAUGCUCCAAGAAUGAAAUUCUCGUAUUUAAAAUUUGUUUACAGUCUACUGCAUUAUAAAAUGAUAUAUAGCAAAACUCUUAGAAGGCCAUGGAUACACCUUAUAUUUUUAAAUUAGUGUUUGUUUGUUCUCUUACAGUAACAUUUUAAUUGCAGGGCUUAGUUAUAAUAAAGUUACACAUUUUAUUUAUAGAAGCAAUAUUUUAUAAUGAGAACACUUAAAAUUAUUUUUAUCUAUUUGUUUGACUGUUCUUUGAUUACUCUAAGGAACUUUUAUUUAAGCAGAAUGCAAAAUUGAAAUGAGAUUUUACUUCUAAGUUGUAAAAUUACAAUCAUUUUAAUCCCUUUUCAUUAUCCCCAUUCAUUGUUACAAAUAUAUUUGAAUUAUGUAAUACCCUACUUUUUGUAAAUAAUUUCUUUUUAACCCCAGGAUAAUCGUCUAAAGGAGACCACGCCUUAAAUACAGUGAAUACUGAAAGAAAUGUAUUCUUAAACAGUAUCACUAAUAGCUGCAGGCAGCUCAUUUUGUACUGUCAGAAUACUAAACAGUAUCCCUGUAUCAAAGCUAGUCUUAUCCUAUUAAAACUGAUCAAAACUCAAUUCAGGAGAAUUUUGAGUUUGGCCAGCUCCUGCUGUUAAAGUAUAUGCUUGGAAAUGGAUAAGAUCCCUGAUCUUAGGAAAAAUCAUGUUAAAAUUAUUUACUAUAUUAAUUUGUUGUCCUGUUCCAAGGAUAUUUUAUGAGAUUGCAUAUUGGUAGGAAUGCAUACAGUAAUUUACUUACUUUUUGGAACAAGAGGCUGCCCUUUUUUCUUUUAACAACAAAUAGUUGGAAAAAACAUAAUACAUUUAAAUAUGUUAUGAAUCUUAGCCCAAUACAACCAGUUCUUACAAUUCCCUUUUCUACAGUAUUAACGACAAUAUUGGAUAUUUUAAAGUGAUGCCUGCUAUUCUACACUUGGCAGGUGUAUUUCUUCAGAUGCUUAUUGCCUUAUAUAAUCUAAAAUAUUGUCUUCUGAAGGAAAGCUUAAAAUAAUAUGAGUUUGAUUAACAUAGGAACACUAAACACUUGACAGAAAAAUAAUAAUAAUAUAUUAGCAUCAGAUAUUUGUUUCAUGGAAAAAUUGAACAUACUGUAAUACGUUAUUCAUAGUUGUAAUCCCAGAUAAUACAGGGUUCUGUGGCAAUAAUUCAUAAUUGCAAAAUGUAAUUGUUAAAGUUUAGAAAACCCCAUAAUGUCCUUACUGCGCUGAUAAUUAGUUGUGUCCACAAUAAAUAUACUGCGUUGAAUAUUUUGCCAUGGCACAAAACAUGAACUUCUUCUACAGUGAAGGUGAUAUGUGGAUUAUGCUAAAUUUUGUAUAAUCAUUUGCAGCAGAAGUUUCAAGCAACACGUCACUGGGCCCUUACUAAUCUGUUACCAGACCAUCUGUGCAAAGAUACAGAAAUCUUUGCAUUAUUUUGCAUCCACAGGUCUUGAAUUUAUGGAAGAAGUAUAUGAAGCUCUCAGGCUUUUAUAGUUAAGAUUUUUGUCUUGGAAACUGCAUGAGUGUUUUUUAAAAAUAUAAUAGUUUAAUUAUUGCAAGAAUAUGAAAAUGGCGUGAGUCUAUAAAAAUGGCUUGUUUGUAGGAACAUAUGCACUGGCUGCUGUACAAUAGUUGAUCUCCCUUUAGAGUACAAAUGUUCAUAAUCUGUUAGGAUGAGACUGGUUCAAUUGUCAGUUAAGAGUACAGUAGCAGUAGUUUAUUGAUCAACACCAUGUGCUGUUAUCAUAGUCAAGUUUUCUGACUAGAAGUAAUUCUUAAGUUUAUUGCUUAAAGCCCAUUGUAUAUAAAAGUUGUGGCAGGCUAAGAAGUCAUAGUGCUCAAGUCUACAAAUUUCUCAAAAUAAACUUAUAAAGUAUGUAGAAAAGCAUUUAAGAAAAGAUCUUAGUAAAUAUUAUUUGAAUGAUAAAUUCCAGUAUUUUAUUGUUGCAUGCUGCCAUGCAACUCUAUUUCCUACUACUAAUGAAUGACAAAUUUAAGUUAGUUUUUUUAAUCCAUAACUCAUAUAUCAGUAAAUUAUCUGCAUAUGUAUAAAUAAAGCUGACAUUAAUAAGGGACGGUAAAUGCCAAGUAAUGUAAUAUGAUUUGGAAAAUAUGUGAUAAAGAGGCCCAAGUCAUUUAAAUAUUUCCAUUUGAAAAUUUAUUUAAGAUGAAGGGGAACAGUAGUACUCACGAAAUUGCUUUAUCUUCUAUACAAUGGUUAAAAGAAUUAUGUUCUUAUUAAUUGCUUGGUUUUUAUGAUUAUUUACAUAUUCUGUAAUUUAGCAUAUAUACCUUUGUUUCUAAUUUCAAUCUUUUUCUUACAGAACUCUUCAAAACUGCAACUUAUAUCUUAAAAAUUGUAAUCAUAGAAACAAGUUUAAUGACACUAACUUGGAUCUUGCAGGGAUAUAGGAAUAAUAUGUAUUUCACCCUAAGAAGUCUUUGCUCUUGAGCUUCAUUUUAGGCAGUUAUUACUUUUCAUAGUAAUGGUUCAUUUCUGUAACGGUGCUCUGUGAGGAAGAGGAAACUUUCAUAAUAGUCAAUAUUUUAUUUUAUUUACACUGCCUUUAAAGAAUGAAUAAUACCAUCAACCAUAUGGAUUUGUGAGCAUGAUUUAUUUUAAUUGUUAUGCUUUAUAAUCCUGGUACUGAAGGUAGUCAUAAUGAUCUCAAAAGAUGAAGCAGAAUGUGUAACAUUCCAAAGCCAUACUAGGGAAACUUCUUGCAGCAGUUAAAAGCACCUUAUUUUUACUGGUAAUGACACCAAUCCAGCAACAGCAGGUUUCAUAGAAACACAUAUGGGAAGAAAUACUUGGAUUGAAUGUAGGCUUGUUUAUCAAUCUGAUGAUAAUUGAUGCAAACUAACCUUUUGAUAUAGUUUCUGGGCAGUCAGAUUUUCACUGUAUUUAGAAGUCAAAAUAAUUCUUUGACCAAGCUUCCGCAGAAAAAUACAUAUUUUUUCAGUUAUUACAUUAAUAGCUGGAAAAAUAAAGCACUUCUUGUUUUUAUCUUAUAAAUGUAGCUAAUGUUGUUUUGAAUGAAACAAACAUGCUUGUUGCUGAAAAAAAUCUUCAAUAAUUCAUGGAUUUGAGCUAUAUAGACAUUCUGCAUGUAACUUUUUAAUAAUUAUUUCCUAAUAUUUUGCACAACCCUGUGUGUUGUUUAAGACAGUUAUGUGGGACUCCUAAAUAGUGCUUCAAAAAUAGAAGCAAAAAAAAAAAGCCCAUUUUUAUUGGGCCCUUAAAAAUCUAGAAUGGCUUAUAAAUGCCUUGUGCCAGAAAUUUAUUUUUCAAUUUUCACAUACUGAUUAGAAGAAAAAGGCCAAAGGCCUAUUUCAGGAAAUUCUUUACCAUGCUCUUGUACCUAAGGUAAACGAUGCACUUUCCAAGUGUAAAGGAAAUAGACUUAGUGGCAAACUGGUUAUACCUUCUUGAAUCAAAGAGAGGAAAUAAAUUUGAGUUUGGCCUGUUUGCUUCAUACUGGGACUCAACAAGGGCAGUCAUCAUCGGACAACUACGUUGUUGUAACUGGCAGUGAAUCUGCAAUACUUCCACCAUGUUUUUUUUUUUUUUGAAGAAAUAAUGUGCCACGGUCUAGUUUGAUCAUAGUGCACUAGCUUACAAUUCAGUAUAUAAUUUGCUAUAUUAAAUGAGUAUGACAUUUCUGCAAGGAGAUUUCUUACUAUCUAUAAUUCAUUUGAUAAUCUAUUGGACAGUUUAUUUGACCUAGAGCAAUUUCAGGAUAUUGGCCGCAAUUGCUCAAAGUUUGUAUUAUAUCUUCCCAUUCUGACAGGAUAAACACUAAAACUACACUAAAACUAGACUUGGGUUUUUUAUAAGGUAAAACAUCAGAAAACACUAUUUCUUGUGCUGUCAACUGAGGUCAUCUUCCAAUAAAGAACACCCAAAAGCCACCAAAUUUACACUAGACAUACAUUUUAUUUUUUUAAAAAUUAACAUUAAAUUGUUAUUUGUGAAUUUAGCAGUCUCUGAUAAGCCAUUUGGUCACUGCCCCAAAUAUCCAUUUCUAUACCUUCUUUCAUUUUUUUGGGUCAGUAUGCCAACAGAUAGAAACAGUGAUUAGAUACUAAAUUCAUUUAAAAUAUCCUAAUCUAAUCUCUGUUCAAGAGGAAGCCUGAUCUUGUCUUGAAUACAAUGCAUAUGAAUUACAGCAUUGUAACUGAAUGAACAGGCUCUUUGAACAAUUUAGUAGUUUCAGAAAAUAUAUGCUACUCAUCUUUUUAAGAGAAAAUAUGCACUUCCUAAAUUUGGAAUUUCUGACUCAUUUAUUGUUGUAGCCCUUUUUAUAUCCCUGCUGUGAUUUGGGGACUGUAUAACCCAAAGGGGAGCAUGAUAAUGAAAUCUACUUAAUUGUGCUAUAUUGAUGCAGACUUUCAUGUGAGUUCAGAAUCAUGAAGGCAGUCCCUUUUAUGAAUGUGUCCUUAUAUUGUUUAUUUUCUACUGUAAAACUAUGGUAGUGAGACAAGCAGUUUUAUGUUGAUUGGGUAUUGCUCAUUCAUUUAUUUGUCAUAUCAACUGCAAAAUUUAAUACCUAUGAUUUUAUUCUGUAAAAUUUAUACAUUGCCUCUCGUAUCACUUUAGAAGCAGAUUAUUUCCCCAUUCUAAUUUGUCUCUCAUUUCCUUCCUUUGUUGGUAAAGGUAUCUACCUUAGUUAUCAUUUUCCACACUGAGUCAAGCAUGCACAAAUACUUUUCCCCAACAUCAGUCCCAGCUAAUCUAUUUUAGCUUAUAUGUGUGAGUGCCAUGCUUUCAAUAUAGGUAAAAUGAUAGUAAAUUAGAGAGGCAGCUAAGAUAAAGUAUUUGAUCCUGAGAUGCUAGUUUGGGUGUGGUUUCUGUCCGUCCCCCCCCCCCAAAAAAAAAAAAACCUCUAGAAUUUUGCAAAAACUUUACAGAAAGAAUAAUCAAAUCUUGUUUGCCUAUAGUCAUGCUUUAGGAAUUACCAUUAUACAUAAUAGAUUCUCCGUCAUCCUGGUAGAGUUGUAUGGAAGUUGAGUCAUGGGAGCUGAACUUUUCUUUUUUUGUUUGAAAUGUUUUGCUGCUUAUCCAAGUAGUUUAUUCAGUCUGAGCAUGUUUGUUAUGUGAACCUCAUAUGUUUUCCAGGGUGGUUUCAUUUUUGAAUAGGUGGUUAGGCUAGUAGGCAGAGAAUUGUUAAGAGACCUUACUCUUAAAUCUUUCUGUUAAGUGGAUCCCAACUUGUUCAGUUUAAAGAGGCUACUUCAAUAAGCAGGGACAUUUUUCAGACAAACAAUGAAAAGUACAUUUGCCAUGACUUAACUUCCAGAUAUCAUGCAUCAUGUGUGUUCUUGAAAGUAAAUCAAAACAUGGUAUUUUUGAGAACAAGGAUUGAGUCUUUCAUUUUUUAAAAAAAGGUAAAAAUAGCCACAAGGAUCUCCAGAUAAUUAUCUGAUAUUUCUCCCUAUACUAUCAUUCUAUUUUCCUGAUUUAAAUUAUCCUCCUAUUAUAAUUUCUUGCAGGGGAAGUCGUACAGAUUUCUGAAUGCUUUUUUCCCUUUCUAGUCAAAUAACAGAUGAGUGAAUGGUUGUUAAAGUGAGUAUGUGGAAUUUAUUCCUUAUCUAAUGUCAUCUAAUUAAAAAUACCAGUGAUGUCAGGAUGGGUUUCCCAAUAACACAUUUUACUUGCUUCUUAUAUUUGUGUUUUUCUAUUUAAUUAUCAGUUAUUGUUUUGAGUUGCCAAUAUCACAGCUGUGUUAAUAUUUUACUGAAAUGCAAAAGACUGCCAACAAAAUUGCAUAGGUAAGUACUAGAAAAUCUUCAUAGUACAUUUCAUUUUUUAAGCUAAAAUAAAAAUUACUAUUAAUUGAUUUAGUCAGAGUAAAAUUUACAUCAUUUUUCUGCAGUACUUAACACAGCUGUAUUUAAUGGACACUAUUAAUGGACAUUUCUAAAAAAGCAUACUCCUGCAAACCUUUGCAAUACCUUUAUAAUGCUCAGUGUUCUAAAGUAUUAAAAAAGAUACAUAAACCAAUUGAGCAUUCUUAGCAA